AUGAUGACUCCACAGCCAUUCUGGUUUGGAGUUCCUACUCUGGCUUUUGUUUUGAUAACAUUACAACACAGCAGCCUCGUUGAAUCCGCGUCGAGCAUUGCAACCUUCUCCGAUGAAAACUGUCAGGACUCCUUGUCAUCAUUUGACGGGCCUAACGGAUACCCAAAUGGAACGUGUUCAAGACUUGAUCGGAGUGGAAAAUAUGGCAGUUUCCAAGCUGUCAAUCUUGAUGAUGGCUGUUCUGUAACAUUAUAUGGGAGAGACGACAUCGCCGGUCAACCCUGUUCAUCUUCAGUAGUCCAAGUUGCCGAGAUAGCAGCAUGCUACAAUUCCUCAUGGAUAUUUUAUAGUAUCGACGAAUGCACAGCUCCUGCCCCCGGCCAAACGAAAGCACCAGUACCGGACAUGGCUCGCGAUUAUACCGGCGCAAUCGUCGGGAGUACAAUAGGGGGGUUGUUUGUGAUUGCGAUAUUCAUCAUAAUAGGGUGGUUUUGUUUUGUUUAUCGUCCUUGCCGGAAACAAAAUGAAUGCACGGAACAAGCGACAGGCCAUGUGAAAGGAGCGGGUGUCACAUAUAAAAAACCUGCAUUUGGGCCUUCUGAUAGUCCUGGAAUGACGGCAGGGAGAGUACCAGACACAGAAACAAGUCGAGAUUGGAGAGUAAUGCCAGAACUAGAAGGAUCCCAAGCCCCUAUCGAGAUGGAAGCACGGAAUCCAAGCCUUCAUUCCCCUUCGUUCGCUAAGUAG